GGUUUCGCUCUCGCCGGCCUGCGUGUUUGCGGUGCGCUCGUCGUAACCUGCGUCUCGUAGCACCGUCUCGCCCAGGAACUAAUGAGGACAGGCCUGUAGAGGAAGUGAGAUGAUAACAUAACGGCGCCUCGACUGAAACUUCGGCUGCCUGUCAUUUCGCUCACUGGACAGCGAUGCCACCGCAGCGUGUAGGCGCCUUGCCUAGGCAACAGUCUCUGCUCUUACCUGCGGUCAUCAACCCGUUUGUUCAAGACACAAAACUAACCAAAGCUGCUAUAAUUAAAUGCGUCCUGCAGGGAAUCUUCCUGGUCCCUCUUCGAGCUAUCCUCAUAUCCCUGGUUCUGAUGGUGACAUGGCCAGUGUCUGUCAUUAUAACCUUCAAGCGUCCUCUGAAAGGAGCCGUGGAGCCAAUGACAGGCUGGAGAAGAUUUUUCUGUCAAAGAGUGUUGGCUGCCUUGGGGAGGGCUUACUUCUACAGCAUGGGUUUUCGAGUGGUGGUCAAGGGUAAGCGUGCCAGCAGCUGCGAGGCUCCCAUCCUGGCCGUGGCCCCCCACUCCAGCUUCUUUGAUGGGAUUGUGUGCGUUGAAGCCGGCCUGCCCUCCACCGUCUCCCGUGUUGAGAACCUGGAUGUGCCCAUCUUUGGCAGGUUUCUUCGCUGUCUCCAGCCAGUGCUGGUGUCCAGAACGGACCCAGACUCCCGGAAGAACACAAUCCAGGAGAUUAACAAUAGAGCCAAGUCAGGAGGCCUGUGGCCACAGGUUUUGAUAUUUCCAGAAGGAACCUGUACAAAUCGCUCAUGUCUUAUCACUUUCAAACAAGGUGCCUUUAUCCCAGGUGUUCCUGUGCAGCCCGUGCUUCUGAGGUAUCCUAACACACUGGACACAGUGACUUGGACAUGGCAAGGUUUCAAAUCAAAGACACUUCUGCUUUUAACACUGUGCCAGCUCUACACAACAGUAGAGAUUGAGUUCCUGCCACCUCAUAUCCCCACAGAGGAAGAGAAGAAAAGCCCGGCUCUGUUUGCCAACAGAGUUCGGGAAACUAUGGCUCGGGCUUUGGGUGUUCCAAUGACAGAUCACACAUAUGAAGAUUGCCGCCUGAUGAUCUCAGCUGGUGAGCUAACCCUUCCAAUGGAGGCCGGACUGGUUGAAUUCACCAAAAUUAGCCGCAAACUCAAUCUGAAGUGGGACAAUGUAAGGAAGGAGCUUGACAGUUUCGCAGCCAUGGCCAGCGCCUGUAAAGGGGGACGCAUCACCGUUGAGGAGUUUGCCAGUUUCUUAAAGCUUCCUGUCAGCCCAGUCCUCGAAGAGCUGUUUGGACUGUUUGACAGGAAUGGAGAUGGCACCAUUGACUUCAGAGAAUAUGUUAUUGGCGUGAAUAUCCUGUGUAGGCCGUCUAACACUGAUGAUGUUCUACGAAUGGCUUUCCAGCUGUUUGACACAGAUGAAGAUGAGAAAGUCACCCAUGAAGAGUUUACUGCUCUGCUGUGCUCUGCUCUGUGUGUGUCAGAUCUAAACUUGACCGCGCUUUUUGAAGCGAUUGAUGCUGAUGGCUCUGGUUUCAUCACCUUCAACGAAUUUCAAGAAUUUGCCAGAACCCACCCUGAGUAUGCCAAGCUCUUCACCACCUAUCUGGACCUUCAAAGAUAUCAAGCGAUGCAAGAGGUGAUGCCAGGCGAUCUGGAACUUGCUGGUCAGCCCAGUUCAGGCGAAAAACAGGAAGAGAGCACAUCUGACAAAAAAGAUGACUGAUAUAGAGUGACUUCACUGAAAGGAAAAAUACGAGGGUGUUGUCUGUCAUCUGUUUACAGUAUUCUUAGCAAAUUCAGGUCAUUGCUACAGCAACGGUCACAUGUGGUCAAGUGCUGGCAUUUUCAAAGCUUUCAUUUUCAGUUUUAGUGCCUUAUAGAAAUUUAAAAGGCAACUUACUUCAAGACUCGUUUUAAGUGACUGAGUUUUACACCUGAACAUUUUCUUCAGAGCAUCACUAUGGCUUUCGCUGAUUAGGUGUAACCCGGCUUGCACUUAUUUGUCGGAGAUGAACACAGCCUUGUGUACCUUAUCCUUUCUUUGUAAUUUUUCUUUCAAUGAAUGGGAAAAUUUGCCAAAUCAACUCAAAUUUUAAAUGUAAGCAACGAGUCUCUGUGCUUCUUUGUUACAGUAUAAUUAGUGUACAGUAAGCUUUAUUAAGAUCCUUCCAAUCUGGCAAACCAGAGAUGUUCUGUUUUAAAGUUUUGUCUACAAUGAGCAUAGAUGCUGUGCAUUACACUUUUUUUUCUUUUUUCCCCAGCGCUCAGGGACACAGACUUGUAAGUCGGCUGUAUAAUUAGCCAGAAGUUUGCUUUGCAUGUGUAUCUAUUUGCAUUUCUACUGAAGAUUGUUGUUGCUGAGACAGCAGCACGUCUGUGCAGCUUUAAGUUUACUAAAGCAAAUCAACCACUGAAAAUAGGGCAAUUUGUGAGCAAAAAGGCAACAGUGCUUCUACACAACAGCAUAUUCCAGUGGGGUAUGCUUUUAGAUUAACUAGAGGCAUUGUUAUUUAUUUAGUGGGGUGUGUUGCAAUUAUGUUUUGCUUUUUGUUAACACUGCAGAAUUCUUUUAAAAAUAAAACCAGAAUACAAUCCUC